AUAAUAAUUAAGAGAAUCAGCACCGUAUUUUGUCAAUCUUGCCGUGUUGUGAAUGGUACGAAUUGAGGAAAGCCGUAAAACAUAUAAUCUGUAAAAAUGGUAGUGAAAAGUUCUAGCACCGAAAAAGGACCGAAGACCAAACAGUCUCACAUCGCUUCGGUGUGGAACCGUGCCAUCAAACCCAACUCGGAAUGGGCUGAAAAGGAUGACUUCCUCGAUGUAGUUUACUGGGCCCGACAGGUCCUAAGCAUUCUCAUUGGAAUUGUAAUGGGUCUAAUUCCGUUGAAAGGAUUCGUCGCUCUAGCACUAUUUGCUUUGCUGAAUUGUGGAGCGGUUUAUCUAUACAGUACCAGCUUCCAGAACAUAGACGAGGAUGCGUACGGUGGCAUGUGGGAAGUUGUGAAGGAAGGCUUCAUGACAUCGUUUGCGUGCUUUUUGGUCACGUGGAUCAUCUUCUACACCGGCAUCCAUUUCGAUAGUGUUGUAAUAGAAAAAAGUAUGUAAAGCGCCA